UGAAAGCAAAACACUGCAGCAUUCCGGCAGCUCUGAGUUGAGGAAGGAAUUGAAGAGGCUGUGUCGCCGGCUUGCGAGAAAAAUCCAAGUCGCUCUCAGAAACGUUUGCUAGGUGGGCCUUGGUGGAAACGCCCCCGAACACCGCAAGAAUUGGGAAUGUAUCCCUGUCUGUCUGCCUGGGAAGAGACCUAGACACUGGCCCUUCUGUGAGUGAAGAUGAGGAAACAGCUGUAAAUCAACCAAAGGAAGCUUGCAGCACUCUUUUGGCCUGAGAAGCGACAGCCGGUGGAAGGAGGUGAACCCCGCCAGGAAGGAUGGCUUAGCAGCCGCUCCAGCUCCUGAGCAGACCUGGUGGGAUGUGCCCUUAGGCCACCAUGGACGGAGCCCACAGCGCAGCCCUGCAGCUGCAGCAGCUCCCACCCACGAGCAGCGCCGACCCCGUGAGUGAGGCUUCCUUCUCCUACAAGGAAAACUUGAUCGGUGCACUCUUGGCAAUUUUCGGGCACCUUGUGGUCAGCAUUGCACUUAACCUUCAGAAGUACUGCCACAUCCGCCUCGCAGGCUCCAAGGACCCUCGGGCCUAUUUCAAGACCAAGACAUGGUGGCUGGGCCUGUUUCUGAUGCUGCUGGGCGAGCUCGGUGUGUUUGCCUCCUAUGCCUUUGCUCCGCUGUCACUGAUCGUGCCGCUCAGCGCAGUCUCCGUGAUCGCCAGCUCCAUCAUAGGAAUCAUAUUCAUCAAAGAAAAAUGGAAACCUAAAGACUUUCUGAGGCGCUACGUUUUAUCCUUCGUUGGCUGCGGUCUGGCCAUCGUGGGCACCUACUUGCUGGUGACAUUCGCACCCAACAGUCACGAGAAGAUGACAGGCGAGAACAUCACCAGGCACCUUGUGAGCUGGCCUUUUCUCCUGUACAUGCUCGUGGGGAUCGUCCUCUUCUGCUCGCUGCUGUACUUCUACAAGGAGAGGAACGCCAACAACGUCGUCGUGAUCCUCCUCUUGGUGGCGCUACUCGGCUCGAUGACCGUGGUGACAGUGAAGGCCGUGGCUGGGAUGCUCAUCCUGUCCAUACAGGGGAACCUGCAGCUCGACUACCCCAUCUUCUAUGUGAUGUUCGUGUGCAUGGUGGCCACCGCCAUCUAUCAAGCCGCAUUUUUAGGUCAGGCCUCGCAGAUGUAUGACUCCUCUCUGAUUGCCAGCGUGGGCUACAUUCUGUCCACGACUGUGGCCAUCACAGCAGGUGCCAUCUUCUACCUGGACUUCCUCGGGGAGGACGUGCUGCACGUCUGCAUGUUUGCACUGGGGUGCCUCAUCGCAUUCUUGGGCGUCUUCCUAAUCACACGUAACAGGAAAAAGGCCAUUCCCUUUGAGCCCUAUAUUUCCAUGGAUGCCAUGCCAGGUAUGCAAAACAUGCAUGACAAGGGGAUGACCGUCCAGCCUGACCUCAAAGCUUCUUUUUCCUACGGGGCCCUGGAAAACAACGACAACAUCUCUGAGAUCUACGCUCCCGCCACACUGCCCGUCAUGCAGGAAGAACACGGCUCUCGAAGCGCCUCUGGGGUUCCCUACCGCGUCCUGGAACACACCAAGAAGGAGUGAGCCCGCCUUGAAGGAGACUCGCCUUCCCUCCAUUCACAGCUGCUCCAGCCCUGCAGACCAUGGUUCCACUCUAAAUCCUCAAACUUGCCUUUCGAGGCGAGUCUUAUUUUUUCAAUCCAAGAACUUGAUGGGUGGGGAUCUUGAAAAGCCUUUGUCUCUGUUAAAGGGUAGAUUACAUAGGUCCUGGAAAUUUCAAAUGAUGAGGGUGGGGGUCGGGGGAUGAACGCAGCAUUCUAGGUGGGCAGUGCAGCGUUCAGCUUCUGUCUGGUUUAGCCCAACCGAGAUUUGGAAAGUCAUCCUUGAGGAUGGAAACUGAGCUUCCAGUCAGUGACCAAAGGCAACCCCAUUCAGAGCUAAAGCAAGGCAGAGAUUCUGCCCUUACUUUCCAAAUCCCUUGAAAGGCUGGUCUGCCCCCCCGCCCCCCAACAUGUACAGGCCUGAUCCCUCCUCACCUCACUCGUGAUUCUCUUCUUGUGAUAACACUCGUGUCACUUUCACGCAGCAUGGUGAGCCAGCCCUGGGUGUACCAUUCUGUCACUCGCCUGUAAGAAAUGCUCCUCUGCCUUCCGAUUGUCUGUGCCUUUCCAAUGAAAAUGUGCUUGAGGUGUGUGUGUCGGAUCCACUAUGAAAACUAAUUUCGCUUUAGUUCUGGGAACUACUGGAUGACUUUUUUUAAUUCCCCUCAAAGGAGCUGAGAAGAGAAGGGGAAGAAUAAGAAGGACAGGAACAGGGGUGAUGAGACUUCAGCCCAGAAGGGAAGAAAACUCCCUUUGCAUUUUCCAAGAGGUGAUUGCAUCCGCUAUAAAAGGACAGACAGACAAUCUGGCUGUUUUAUGUGUAUUUUGCCUGCACACCAGUGCCCUCUGGGAACACUGGGGGUGCUUAUUCCAGAGACCACCUCACUCACCUCUCCUCCCCCCUCUCCUUUAUAGACCAGCAACCCAAGCUCAGGUCAUUGGCUAACUUGCCUGGAGUUGAGAGACUCUGUGGCUCCUUGUCCGUCUUGUGCAUAUACUACUGGGAAAAGCAAGGAUUCUCAGCAGGGUUGCUCCUGCCGUCUGGCUGCAUAUAUACACAAUUGUCUUCCCCUAGACUGACUGUAUACGUUUGAGAAUGACAGGUAAAGAUUUGCAGACUUCAAUGAAAAUAAGGAUGCCCUAGGUAGUUUAUUUAAAAUGCAGAUUCCUAUACCCUAGGCAAACAAACAAACUCUGAUUAAGUGGGACUGGGAUUGGGCCCAAGAGUCUGCAUUCUCAACUGACAGCACAGGUGAUUCUGAGGCAGGUAAUCGAAGUAUCACAUACCUUGAAAGCCUCCUAAUCGAGCCUAAUCGAGACACGGUCUGCUGAAACCCGACACACUCCUUCCUGCUGGAAAGUUGGAAUUAAUGGUUCCUUGUUUCCUCUUGGGGGUUCCUUUGGCAGGCCAAGUAAUCCCCAUAGGAUCCGUGGCAUUUUUCCAUUCAGUAAUUACUUCUUAGAACCACACUUCCUGCUUCUCUCGGCAGCCUUGAACUAAUAAGCCAGAUAACAGUGUUACUAGACCAGUGUUGAUAGAUCAUUAACUUUUAUGGAUUGUGCUUUGUACUGAUUUAGGACCUUGACUUCAAAACCAAUGUUGUUGCCUGUGAUAACCACUUCUGUAUUGUGUCUUAACCACUUCUGUAUUGCAUCUUACAUACCUAAGAAGGCAACAGAUGGAGACUUUUUUUCCUUUAGGAGAGGUAUCAGCUCAAUUCAGCAAUAUUUAGGAGGCGCUUACUAUGGGUUCAACAUUUGGACGGCGAGGACUACAAAUAAAAAGACUUGGUUUCUGCCCUCCAAGCCAAUGGUGAGAGACACAAAGACCCAGGAAACUAUGGCAGGGCAGGCCGAGUGCCAUCGCAGACUGCAGCAAAUGACAGUUAUGGAGGCCCUAUUAAUGGUCCGGUCCUGAGCCCAGAUCUAGGUCUUCAGAAUUGGAAAUGACUUUGGCUCCACUCAUUGGUGGGUGGCAAAUCCAGCCAAGAUUUGAGCAAAGCACAGAAAGCAGAGUGGUCACCCCCAGGCAGAGGGGCCAGCAUUUGCAAAGGCACAGGGAUGGGUGGUGAGGGGGGUGGCAACAGAAGAGCCAGGGUCGGUGAUAGAAGACAAGCCUGGGAAGAUAAGCAGUGGAGGCAGAAUCAUGGAGGGUCUUGAAGGCCUGGCCGAGGAGUUUAGCGUGUAUCCUGGAGGGCACGGGAGUCAUCGAUGAGGUUCAUGAGGUUGACAAUGGUAGGAUCAGCACUGAUUGGAAAGGAGGCCUUAUGCACUGUGGAGAAAGAAUCUGAAGGGGUGAUAAAAGUCACUUUUCAAGGUCGGGCUGCAGGCCCGCAGAAACAAAACACAGAAGCGGAAUUAAAAUCCAGAUUUGCUGCUAUUCAAAAAUUUCAAAUAAUGUUUCUAAAGUGGGCUGGGAGGGAGUAUGAGGGCAGAGUGGACAAAAGGAAGGCCAUUAAAAUGUGUCAAACCCAGGUGAUCAUUUGGCAUUUUACGUGCUUCCAAUCUUACUCUGUCCCUUCCCUUUGUUUUGUUGUGGGUCUUAACCUAGAGUCAGGCAACAGCAAUGAGCAGGUAAAAGUGCAUUAUAAUCAGUCUCAUGUCCACUGACAGUUAGGGGUUCAGUGCUGCCCAGGAGUUGCUGCUGGGGCCUGGGCAGCUCGCCUACCGUCAGGUUUAGGGUGACAGAAUUGUCCGCUGAAGCUGAGCACCAGAAGGCUGUGCAGAGCCUCAUGGUGGCUGCCAGAAUGGAUGCCAAGACGCUGGUGUAGAGCCCCCGUCUCCAGAAUUCUGACUCUGUCUUGGGAUGACACCUUCCAGUCUUUGUCCCCACGUGUAAAUGCACUAUUGCUGGUAACAGAUAAGCACUUCCCUGUUAGGACCCGGGAAGGAGGACAUCAAUUUUCCAUGCAUGGCAGUGACUCUGUUCCUCAUGGCUUUCACAUCCUCAAGCCUUCUUGAAGCUCAGAGUAACACUGCAUAUCCUUCCCCAUAGCCAGUGCCUAAAACAGAGUCACCAGUCUUGGGUUUCACCUCUCCAGUUGUUCUCUGGCUUCCUUUCCCAGCCCCACUCUGUCCCCCUCUUCUAAAGGCUGGGAUUCUGGGUGCCCUGAUCAGACAUUAAAACCAGUUCUUCACAGACAGGUUCCCUGUAGGUGGGGAAUAGAGCUGAGCCCCAUCCCCCACCCCACCCCACCCCACCCCACCCCCACCCCUCCCGUGAAGCUACAGAUGGCAUCAAGCUUCAGGUCAUGGAGGGUUUUGGCGGGAUGAACUCAAAUGCCGGGUAGGCAGGGAAGGACUCACUUCUCCGUUGCUCUUCUGGUGGAGGCCAGGCAGCUUGAAGGCACAGUAUGGAGACAAGAUGUCCAUCAGGGUAGCAUUGGGGAGCCCCCAACCUGCAGCCUCGUGGGUUCCAAAUCUGGUCCAAUACUGGCCGAUGGGUGAAGAAUUUUUACUGUGUGUUUCUCUGAGAAGCUGUGUAAGUGAGGUCACCUCAGCAUCUAUUCUAUGUGGAUGCUUACAUUUUGUUAAUUUAGGCUAAUAUAUGGCAUGUCUUAUUUUUCCAAAAAAUGUGUGUGCUAGGUGCAGAUAACAUUAGCAAGUAUUUGAUGUAAAAAAUCCAUGUGCCACUCAUUGAGCUUGAAUCUUAUGUUUGGUUAAUAUUUUCUAGAGCUCUCUAGAACAACACUGUCCAGUAGAACUUUGCAAUAAUGGAGAUCUGAUGUCUCUGCUGCCCAAUACAGCAGCCACUAUCCUCACUGGCUAUUGAGUACGUUACAUGUGGUGAAUGUGCACUUGGAAUUGGAUUUUUAGUUUUAUUUAAAUGCGAUUAUCUUAAAUUUAAGCAUUUACAUAUAGCUAGUGGCCUCUGUAGUAACAGUGCAGAUCUAGAAACACCCGUGAUUGCAGUUAAAGCUAAAUUCAGCACUUUUUUUUCUCCUGCAGUGGUGAAGAGCAUAGACCCUGUGGCCACACUGCUUAGGUUUGAUUCCUGGUUCCACUGCUUAUUAGUUGUGUAGCAUUGGACAAGCUGCUUAAACUCUCUGUGCCUCAUCUGUAAAACCGGGAUAGUAACAGUAUCGUCCUAAGGGUUAUUGUGAGGAUCAAGCGAGUUAAUAGGUGUAAAGUCAGAACUGUGUCCAGCAUCCCAUCAAGAUGUUGUAUUAUACUGAAGCAAUAGUU